UACCUGUACAAUGUACUUUUAUACCACACUUGAGCGAGCAUGAAUCAUUGACUAGCCUGCAGGGACAAUAGACCCCUUUGUCUACCUACAAAACAGCUUUAGAGUUUCAAAGGAAAGAACUCUUGCAAACAAAUGAAUCCUCAAUAAGUACUAGUGGUUGCCAUCUGUAGAUCAUACAGUAAGUCAUUCUCUACCUUAGGUUGUUGUAUGAUCUGCAUUUGCUUCUUGGACUAUCAUAUUCAUGCCAAGGAGCUGGCUUGCCUUCUGUGUCCAGUUCUUUGAAGGAGAGAGAGAGAGGAGCCUUUAUUCUGAGCAGAUGUUUUUUAAAGAAAGAAUAAGUUGAUAGUAAAUAUACAUGAAUUUAGUUUAUGCCUGCUUCUGAAGACUUGCUCAAAAUGUUUUCAUGUUUUGUAAAGACAUCUGGUAAUAUGAAAAGACACAACGCAGAGGUGGCCCCAUUACAAGUAGCAUCAGGAGUCAAGUCAAUCCCUGAUGUUAAGGGGCAGGUCCCCUCCCAUGGGCGUGGAGGCGGGGUACUGGAUUCCAAGACAUCCCUCCAGAGAGAGGCAUCGCCCACCACACAGAUACAUGCUGCAGCAGUCAAUGGCCAGAAAACAGCUCUACAAAAGCUUCUCAAAACUUACCCCAAAGAAGUUGACCAGGCGGACCAGUUUGGCCGGACACCUCUCAUGUUUGCUGUGCUUGCUGACCGGCUGGACUGCGCUGAGGUCCUGAUCAAGAAAGGUGCCAAUGUAGACGCCAAAGAUAACGGUGGAAGAACAGCUCUGCACUGGGCUACUUACAAGGGAGUGUUUCGUCUGUGCAAGCUGCUGGUCUCAAAGGGAGCCUAUUGGAGGGAGAAGGACAAUGAGGGACAGACGUGUCUUCACUUUGCCACCAGGCACAAAGAUACCAGAUGCCUUGCGCUCAUCAUGAAACAACUCUUGCCAGGAGAAGUGGACGAGCAAGAUAAUUCCAAGAGAACUGCUCUGCAUUGGAGCGCAUCAUAUGGGAAUGAGGAAGCAGUCAGAAUGCUUGUAAAACAUAGCUCCAACAUUGGUAUACCGGACACUGAUGGGAAGACCCCACUCCACUGGGCAGCAAACGCAGGGGAUUCCCCCACGGCUAUUAACACCGUUCAGCACAUACUGGAAACUGAACCGAGCGUGGUCAACUGGCAGGACUACGAGGGUAGGACGGCACUCCAUCUGGCCGUCGCUAAUGGCAACGCUGCGAUAGUCCAACGCCUAGUCGAUUUUCAGACCCCACUGGUCAAGUGCAACAUCUCCGUCCUGGACAACAUGUUUCGCACCCCUCUCCACUGGGCGGCGGUCCUAGGCCACACCCAUAUGGUCAACAUGCUGCUGGACAAGAAUGCCAACUACAGCUGCUCGGACUCCAAUGGUGCCACGCCCUUACAUUAUGCAGCACAGAAUAAUCAUACGGAGACUGUGGAGGUGUUUCUCCAGAGAGAAGGAAUCACGGACGAGCCUGACCUGGAAGGAAGGUCAGCGCUCAUGUGGGCUGCUGGGAAGGGAGCCGACGGGGUCAUAGAGGUCAUGAUGAGAUACAAGCAGGAUAUCAACGCUACUGAUAAAACUGGAGCCACAGCUCUCCAUGCUGCAGCUAUGUCAGGGCAUGCAAGUACAGUGGAAGUUCUUUUGCAGCACGGUGCAGCAGUUGAUGUAGUGGAUCAGACCAAACACACACCUCUCUUCAGAGCAGCCGAAAUGGGUCAUACAGAGGUCAUGAAGACAUUAGCCAAAGGUGGAGCUCAAGUCAAGGUAGUAGACCAAGAAGGCAGAUCUCCACUUCACUGGGCUGCUUUGGGAGGCCACACCUGUGUCUGUUACCACCUCAUGACCCAUGACAUCAGUCCCAAUGUCCAGGACAAUGCAGGCCGUACCCCUCUCCAGUGCGCUGCUUACGGGGGAUUUAUCCGCUGUAUGACCCUACUCCUGGAGCAUGGCGCAGACCCUAAUCUACAGGAUAAUGAGGGGAUGACGGCUCUUCACUGGGCGUGUAGUACAGGAUACCUAGAUGCUACCAGGUUAUUACUAGAUCAUGGGGCUUUCCCUAAUCACAUGGAGCUGACAGAGGACCGCUUCACACCCCUUGACUACACCCUCCUCAACGACCACCAUGAGGUAUCGCAGUACAUGGUGGAACAGGGCGCUCUCUCUAUCACCGGUAUCAGGGACAUGGCUGCCACUCGUAUACAAUGUCGUUUCCGAGGUUUCUGUGUUCGCAAGACCUUUGUUGAGAGAAAGAAGCUGUUGAUGAAACAUGAACAGCUGAGAAAAGAUGCAGCAGCAAAGAAACGUGAGGAGCAGAGCAAAAAGGGCGAUAACCCCGAUUCCUCCUCCACACCGUUAAGCUCCCAAAGUCAAGACCGCAUCUCAACGUCGAAUCAAGAGAUGCUCCCGCCUCCGCAGGAUCGAACCCAACUCCAAGAGAAUGGAUGGACUCAAGAGAAUGCUAACACCAACAACAACAACAACAGUGCUGUCGAUGCAUCUGUGAAUUUGUCGGAGGGUUUUGCUCCAUCGAGUGAAACGCUCUCCAGAGACGAGGAUGGAGAGAAGAUGGGUGUUGCCAUGAACAUAGGACCACCGUUGCUAGGGAGUGGUAACCCAUGUUCAGUACCACUGGAGGAGGCGGGGGAUGAGGAAGGUCAGCUGAGGAUCCUGAACGAGAGGAGGAAGGUGGUGAGUAAGGAGAGACUGAGGUUAGCCGACAUGAGGAGAAAGAACAGAGCUGCUACCGUCAUUCAGAACAAGUGGAGAAACUACAGACAAUGCAACACCAAGAUGAUGCACACUGUCCAUGCGGUGCAGCUCAGGCGGUUGUUGAGAAAGGACGAGGAUGUGUGGGAGCGUCAGAUAGCGGCCUGUACCAUCCAGCUCGCUUGGCGGCGCUUUUACCGUCGCAAGCUUCUCAAAGCACUGGGGGGUAACAAGGCUCUCGUCCACACCUACGAUCCGGAGAUCAUGGCUCUUAGACAGCAACUGACCCUCCAGAAAGUAUAUGGAAGUACCACAGAGGCAAAAGAGUGGUUCCCUGGUCCACUGGAGAGAAAGAAUCGUCCAGAUUACAUGAAGUACAUUCCUUCACCUGCAGCUAUGUCGUACAACUUUGCCGUGGAGCAGUAUAUGCCUGACCACCACAAGACCAUGUCCAGUGGCUUGGACCACAUCACCUUGCAGAGGGCUGUCGGGAAUGGUCAACAUGACCGAUCAAUGGCUUUAGAUGAAGCGGAUGAAGCCUUCUUGUGCCAAUCACAUGGUAAUCUUGGCCAAAGUGGUGCUCCCUAUUCCUACAAUCUGAACGACUGAAUAGUUUAGACAGUGAUACAUAAGGCCUUCAUGCAUUAUCCAAUGGGAAUGUCUACGCCAAAGAGACGCUUGCCAUGGAUUUUACCUGUAUGACUAGACAGUGUUACGCAGUGCUACUUGUAGAUGAAGUGUGAUGCUCCUGUACUGCCCUCAGGUACUUUUACUCGUGUUUACAAUAUUGCUUGAUAGAUUGUUGUAUGACACUUGCAACGAUUGCUGCACAGUCAACCCUAGUCUGCAAGCACAGACCCUAAUUUGACACUGUAUCAAAAAAUCAUUGUGCCUUGAGAGAAGCCUAGCCCAGCUACCUACUGGUUGUGUCAGGAGCAGCUUUAGUACAUGGCCUAUGGUAGUCUUAUAGUGCAGACUCUCUUUUACGACUGACCAGGGUUUGUGCCUGCAAACUAAGUCAACCCCUUAUACAAACUCAAUUCUGAGCUUGAUGAAAUAAACCAUAGAGCAAAAUGUUGCAGGACAGCAUGUAUUGGAUCAUCAAUUUUUUUUUCUUCACUUCAACAACAUAAUGAGAAAGAUACUGUGUAAAAAAAGGCCUUUGAAUAACGCCUUAGAAUUGCCUAUUCAUGUUAGUGCCUGUAGGUCAUACAUGUUUAUAUAGUAUGUAUUCUUUGAGUAAAGGCCCUUCAAAAGAAGUCAUUGAAAAAAAAAUUGGCCUGUGAUGAUGGCCCAUGUAAAAUAUCCUUCUUAAAAGAUGAAAUAACAAUAAGAAAGUAGGGGGAAACAAGUCCUCUAAGACCUUGAUAAUUGCAGCUGGCUGAUUUUUAUCUCAUGGCUGCUUUGUGUUGUGCAUAACAUGUACCAUCAAGUACCAGUAUUAUUAAUCAGUAUCUAUGAUAUGAGUUUGUGAUAAGUAGGUACUACAAAGCUCUCAACUGGAUGUAUUUUGUUUUUUUGUUUAGAAAUAAGAGGUCAAGGGUCCUUGAAAACCAUUGAAAGGGCAGUGGAAGGAAAGCAACUAAAUUGAAGUGGUUGAAUGGAUUAUGCAGGCUUGUUAAUUUAUCUUAAAGGGAAAGUCCACCCUGAUGAUAGGUUGGUUUUAAUAGGAGCAGAACAAAAUGAGAGGAAAAAGUUCAGUGAAAGUUUGAGCAAA